UAAUGUGCGCCGUACACGCUGCAGUCUGCUGCAGUCUACACGAGAGUGAUGUUGUGCGAUACGCCGUUCGUUUUACCGAAGAAUCUUUAACAAUUUAUUUGCGGUUUCUCGGGCUUGAUCCGCCUGCAGUUUACUGAGCAAGCGCGAUCGUACACAUUAUGUCCGCCAUAUUUAAUUUUCAGAGCCUGCUGACUGUAAUAUUGUUGCUAAUAUGCACCUGUACUUACAUCAGAUCGCUCGCGCCGAAUUUGUUUGACAAGCGGCUGGGAAAGGUUGGUUUCCAGGGUACUUUUUGGAAAUGUGCUAGGAUUGGGGAGAGAAAGAGCCCGUAUGUGGCUUUCUGUUGCGUCUGUAUGGCCUUUAGUAUUUUAUUUUGGUCGUAACAUUCCUACCUGGGUCAUUUGGACCAAUGCAUUUGGUGUGUAUUCCAAAAUUAUACCUUAAUAUAUAUAUAUUUAUGUAUCUAUAAGGUCCGAGAUAUGAGAAAAUAAAAGGGGCAGUUUUGAUAUCCGUUUGUCGACAAACAGCUAUAUUUGUCGUUUCAAUAAUACAUAAAAAAUACACUCGUUUAAGCUAGA